AUGGAGAGACUUGUUGUGCUUCCUUUCUCCGUCGGAUGCAUCUCCGAAUCAAGUGUUUCCGUUUUAUCCCCUCUCUCUAAGCCUCAUCAUCACCACUCUCAUCAAGGGAUUCGUGAUCAAGAGGAGGAAGAAAACAUGAAGAAUGUAUUCAAGUUCCUUGCGGUUUCUAAACCGGAGAUUUCUACCGGUAUUAACCGGCUUUUCAAGAGCUUCAAGACCAUUUCUCAACUUUUUGCUUACAAAGAAGAGGAGAAUGAAGAAGUCGAGACAUCAGGAAUGGAGAUAGGAGGUCCGACAAACGUAAAACACGUAUCGCACAUCGGUUGGGAAAGCGGUUUAACCGCAAUCGCAGGUCCUAGUAAAGGAUGGGAAGAUAUGAUACCGCCGGAGUUGCUUGCAGCCGCUGCUACAGAACAAAAUGUGAAUCCUCAUCUUCAUCCAACUUUUUAA